GAUGGAAAACUAUUCUUAUCCCGGAUCGAAUGCCACUUUACGAGGGGCGACGAUUGUAGAAAAUUAUAUCAGCGCUGUUGUACAAAUUGUUGGAAUGAUAUUUAACGUAAUUGCAUUCCUAGUGCUUUGUCGAAAAUCUCACCGUCAUCUAUCAGCUAAUGUAUAUUUGGCAUUUAUAGCUAUAUGCGAUUUCUUUUGUCUGCUGUCGAAAGCUAUACAUACUUACGAUGCUACAUUCACACCUUUCAAAUGUUACGCAGCACAUAUCCUCGCCGAUUUUAGCAUCCCCAGCUCAGAGGUAUUAAUUUGUGUUGUUACUGCGGAAAGAGUGUGGAUUGUUUAUAAACCAUUAUCGCUACAAUUAUUUACUUCUAAGAAAGCUGUUUUUGUUAGUUUAUUGACUAUGGCAUUAUUCACCAUCGUAUACGUUACUCCUACUGUUGUACACAUCAAAAUAACGGACAGAGAGUGCACAACAGAAGGCGUCCUUGAUUGGCUAGUCUAUUUACAUAUAUCCUUAUAUAUUUUCUGCUAUAUUUUCCUGCUAAUUGGUCAUAGUAUUAUUAUAAAAUCACUGGGUUGUUAUCCAAGCACAUCAAGAAAAAAUUGGAAGGAAAAAAAUUCUGUGGUUGUGCUUGGUAUGAAAGAAAGACAGAGUAUGCUCAGGGGUAGGAAAAUGCAAGUGAAGAGUACUAGCUUGAAAGAGUCUCAAGCAAGGAACGUGAUUCAGAAAGAUAUUUUUAUUUAG